CGUGCGGAUUGCUCGAGCGAUGCAGAACUGCAGAUGAGAGAGAGAGAGAAGAAACGUGAAUUCUUCAAUGCAAUCGCAUGCCCAAUCUUCUUUCCAUUGGAGAGACUGGUCGGCUUCGCUUCGUCAGCCUGGUUCGCUGUGUCUCUACCGCUUCUCUCUCUAGUAAUUCAGUUGCUGCUUCACCCCCUUCCACGGGAGAUCCAACGAUCCAAACCCAUGUCGAAUCUUCCCCUUUUUCCAUCAGAAAAUGGGAUUACACGGAUCGAAAUUCGAAUCUUUUGGGUGUAGGGGUGAAGGAGAAUCUCCGCGCCAGUGGUUCUUCUCUGAAAGACCUGCUUUUGGGAGUGUCCGAUGUGGUGCCCUAUGUUUCACGUAGAUUUAGAAGAUUUCCCGGGUUGGAAUCGGAAAAUGUGCUCGAAUUAUUACUCGAUUUUGAAUCAGAGUGUCGGAAAGGUGGAAUUGGAGGCAAAAAGGUCGAAGCUUUAUGGGAGGUUUUCAGGUGGGCUGGUGGGCAAUACAAGGGCUUUAAGCAUCUUCGCCAAUCGUGUGAGAUCAUGGCAUCGAUGCUUCUCCGAGAGGGAAUGGUUAAGGAAGUUGAACUGUUGCUUAUGGAAAUGGAGAGCAGAGGAGAUACUUUGGAUAAUAAGGAAAUUUUUAGCGAAUUGAUCCAAAAGUAUGUCGCUGCUCUUGAUUCCGAGAAGGCAGUUCUGCUGUUUGACUGGAUGAGGUGUCGGGAUUUAGUGCCUUCAACUUCAUGUUACCAGGCUCUCAUUGAUCAUUUGGUUCGUGCCCAGAAAACAGAACCAGCGUUUAGAAUUUGUCUGGACUGGGUGGAAGCAACAGCUGAAUCAAAUAACCUAACCGUUCACGAAAUCGGCAAAGUUAUCGAGUUGCUUUGCUUAGAUCAGAGGAUUCAGGAGGCGAGGAGUCUUGUAAGGAAGCUUCUUGCUUUGGGUUGUAAGUUGAGUAGGUCAGUGUUUGAUAAGAUUGCUUUAGGCUACUGUGAGAAGCAUGAUUUUGAGGAUUUGCCGAGUUUUUUCGCUGAAGUGAACUAUGCACCUGACGUGUUUGUUGGCAACAGGAUCAUUCAUGUUCUCUGCAGAAAGUUUGGUGCAGAGACAGCAAAUGCAUAUAUGGAGGAGCUUGAGGAUCUAGGUUUCAAACCCGACGAAGCCACCAUUGGAAUCUUGAUUGUUUGGAGCUGUUGUGAAAGAAAUAUCAGAAGAGCGUUUCUUCAUCUGUCUGAGAUUGUAUCAAAAGGUCUAGAACCGAAUGUGUACUCCUAUAACGCUAUCCUAGGUGAGCUGUUUAGGACAGGAUUAUGGGAACAUGCCCGUCAUAUUUUAGAUGAGAUGAAAGAUAGCGGGAUAGAUCCAACUAUGUCGACGUUUGAGAUAAUGUUAGCCGGGUAUUUCAAAGCUAGACGGUUUGAAGAAGCCAAAAUGAUUGUUCACGAGAUGCUUCAUUAUGGUUUGGUUGAAGCGUCAGCGGUAGAGGAUCCACUUUCCCAAGCUUUUAUCUUAUUAGGGUUCGAUCCAUUAGCUGUCAGAUUGAAAAGGGACAAUGAUGCUGGCCUCUCCAAGACGGAAUUCUUAGAUGAUCUUGGGAAUGGGCUGUACUUGGACACUGAUACUGGUGCCUAUGAGCAAAGGGUGAAAAUGGUCCUUGAGAGUUCUAUGCUACCAAAUUUUAAUUUGCUCAUCAUUAGAGCAUGCGAUCAUGGAAACUUAGGAACCAUUUUGGAGCUGGUAGAUGAAAUGGUCAGAUGGGGUCAAGAACUAUCGCUUCGGUGUUUCACUGCUUUAGUAAAGUGUCUCUGUGCUUCCCGCUCUCAUGUCAGGGUAAGUGCUUCCCUUUUGAAAAAAUGGCCUAAGUUGGCUAACCAGCUAAAUGGAGAAACCCUCAAUUUUCUUGUUCAAGAAUAUUGCAAAAAAGGGUUUACUGAUCAGGGGAAACUCAUUUUCGACAGAAUGGUUCAGAUGCAUCUGCCUACCGAUGAGAUGACGUAUACACUUUUGAUUAAGGGCUUAUGUAAGAAAGGAACAGUCCAUGAUCUUCGUAAUUUGUGGGACAUUGCUUGCAAGGAUAACUGGGUACCUAAUUUGGAUGGUUGCAGAGGUCUUUGGGAGUGUCUUAUCCACAAAGAAAUGGUGAAGGAAGCGCUUCAGCUCUUUGAUAGCGUGUUAAUGUCCUACCAUCACUCUCAGCCAGAAGCAUGUAAGAUCUUUAUCGAGAAGCUCUGCAACAAUGGGUUUUCUCGCAUUGCUCAUUCUGUUGUCAAAAGACUUGUAAAAGGAGGAUACAUCUUGGAAGACGAAGUUUACGGCCAUCUUAUUACAGGUCUCUGUAAGGAUAAUAAUGUUUCUGCUGCCUAUGCUGUUCUGAGUGACUUGCUGGACAAGAAUUUUGUUCCGGGUUUGGACGAUAGUUUGAUGUUGAUUCCUCUGCUCUGCAGGGCUAACAAAAUCUGUGAGGCUAUUGCUUUAGCAGAUCUUUGUCUGAAAUCUUAUCCAACAGAUUCAUUUUAUGUCCACCGUGCUUUGACAGAGGGACUAUGUUUGGCAGGAAAGAUUGCGGAUGCUGAAAACCAGUUUCGGAUAAUGCUAUCAGACGGGUUUGUCCCCGAUGAUAUCCUCCGGUUGAUGUUUCAAGGUUACUGUAAAGCUAACAACUCAAGGAAAGUCCAGGAGGUAUUAGGAAGCUUCGUAAGGAAGAAUUUGAGCAUUUCAGUCGCCGGUUAUAGAGAAUAUGUUCGAAGCAUGUGUUCAGAGCGUCGGUUCUUCAAUGCAAUUAGUCUGAAGGAGUUUUUGCUGGGGGAAAGGCACCAUUCCGGCCUCGUCAUCUACAAUCUACUGAUAUUCUACCUAUUUCAGUCUAAGAACUGUUCUCUCGCGAAUCAGAUCCUGCAGGAAAUGCAGGGAAAGGGGCUCUUACCCGAUGAAAGCACGUACAACUUCCUUGUCUACGGCUUGUUUAUCUGUAAAGACUUCUCGAGUUCUCUGCAGUAUCUAUCUUCUAUGAUCUCCAAGGGAUUGAGACCAAACAAUCGAAGCUUAAGAGUGGUAGUAAGUUCUUUGUGCGAUAACCGAGAGGUUGAUGAGGCUCUGGAGCUUAGUCAAGUAAUGGAAUCAAGAGGCUGGACACAUGGUUCAGUCAUCCUAACCAAAAUCGGAGAAGCCCUUAUCUCGAGUGGCAAGAUACAAGAAGCCGAAUUCUUUCUGACCCGUGUGACAAGCAAUGGUAUUACCCAUAAACAGGUAAACUACGAUAAACUCAUCAAGAAGCUUUCUCUGUCUGGGAGGCUAGACACUGCUGUUCAUCUCUUAAACAUGAUGUUAAAGAAAGGAACUGUCCCGGAUUGCUCAAGUUUCGAUUCAGUCAUCAAUGGGUUUCUGAAAUGCAAUGACUUGGAGAAAGCCAUGGAUUUUCAGACAGAAAUGCUGGACCGAGGCCUGAAAACUAGGAUUAUUACGUGGAACGUUCUUGUUCAUAAGCUUUGCGAGUCGGGUCAAGCCGGGAAAGCAGAAAGGCUUCUGAAAUCGAUGGUGGAGUCGGGUGAAAACCCGGCAAAGGAGAUGUACGAAGCUGUAAUUGAACGAUACCGGGUUGAGAACGAUACAGUCAAAGUGUCGGAGAUCAUGCAACUGAUGCAGCAGAGUGGUUAUCAACCUGACUUUGAAAGCCAUUGGUCUCUGAUUAGCAACAUGAACGCUUCAAUGGAGAAGGCAGCAAGUACUGGCCAAGGCUUUCUCUCAAGACUUCUCUCCGGAAGUGGGUUUUCUUGGAAGACCCAAAAGUUUCGGGGUUAAUUUAGAAAUAUGGAAAAUUUCAUGUCCUUUUCACACUAUUUUUCCAACAAGACGUUCCCCUCU